AUCGAUUCAAUACCAGUUGGUUUACAAGUUGUAGCCGCUGCUGCCCGCAGGGUCCCUUCAUUCUUCGAUCUCCAUAAUUCCCACUUUCUUGUAAUCUCUGUUUCUGAUUAACUUUCUCUCUAUCUCUGUUUCUCGAUCUCUCGAUCUCCGUCUCCAUGAAUAUCGGUUCCACGCUUCCUGCUCAAAAUAUCCAUCUCUUUCGGGCCAGACGUGCCAGCUUCAUACGCCGGAUGUCUCGGCUAAACCCUUCGGCAAGACCGGUGGCAGCUUCUUCCAUGUUGACGACUGAAAAACCGGAAACAUCGACCGAGUUUACUCGGUUACACCUGGCCAACCUAGAGAGACUGCUCCAGACGUCAGCCCCACCGAGCCAACUUGACACGCAACCUCCGCAGAAGGAUUCGAGUAAUUAUGGGUCGAUGGAAAACAAGGGGAAAAGUCCACUAGAAGGGCUUAACUUGGCCAGGCUCUGGUCGGAGGUGAAGGCAGCCGAGGAAAUGUCGCCGCGGCACCUCAACCGGCUCCAGCGACUCCUAUCAAAGACGAACGAAUACUCUCCCAGAAACAAUCUCGGCAGCAAAUGGCGCGAAUAUCACGGCAGCAACCACUGGAAAGGCCUUCUGGACCCUCUCGACGAGAAUCUCCGUCGUGAGGUUAUCAGGUACGGCGAGUUCGUUCAAGCUGCUUACCAUUCUUUCCACUCCAACCCCGCCAUGCCGACUGAGGAGCCGCCUCAGCAACGCCACGUGGCUUUGCCCGAUAGGUCUUAUAAAGUAACGAAGAGUUUGUAUGCCACGUCAUCCAUCAGAUUACCUGACAUGGCGCCGGAUUGGAUGACUCAACGGUCCAGCUGGAUAGGUUACGUUGCGGUUUGCGACAACAACAGAGAGAUCCAACGAAUGGGACGUAGGGAUAUCGUCAUUGCACUCCGUGGUACCGCCACGUGUCUAGAGUGGGCCGAGAAUGUUAGAGCCCAACUUGUUGAAAUCCCUGAAAAUAAUAAUAAUAAUAACAAAACCGAUGCGAACCCAGCUCAAGGACAUUCCAAUUCCAAAGUGGAAUGCGGGUUCUUGAGUCUGUACAAAACCCCCGGAACCCAUGUUCCAAGCCUAUCAGAGUCCGUGGUCGAAGAGGUGCGUAGGCUGAUAGAUCUAUACAAAGGCGAGGCUCUAAGCAUUACAAUCACAGGCCACAGCUUAGGUGCGGCCUUGGCUGUACUCGUUGCCGAUGAAAUCAGUACAUGUACAGCCUCAAGUCAGACGCCACCGGUCGCAGUCUUUUCCUUUGGUGGGCCUCGUGUUGGCAACAGAGCCUUUGCCAGCCGCAUUGAUGCCCAAAAUGUCAAGGUGUUGCGAAUUGUUAACUCUCAAGACGUGAUCACUAGGAUCCCUGGUGUCUUUGUUGGAGAAGAGCUCAACCAAAAGCUAAGGAACACAAGUAUUGUCGGACAGAUGCUCGACAUGCUUGAAAAAAACAUGCCAUUGGCAUACUCCCACGUCGGAACAGAAUUGCGGGUCGACACGAAAAUGUCGCCGUAUCUAAAGCCGAAUGCUGACAUGGCAUGCUGUCAUGACUUGGAGGCAUACUUGCACUUGGUAGAUGGGUUCUUAGCAUCCAAUUGUCCAUUUAGGGCAAAUGCUAAAAGGAAUUUAGGGAGGUUGCUAAAAGAUCAGGGAUCUAAUGUGAAGAAAUUAUAUACAAGUAAGGCAUUAACUUUAAACCUUGAAAGAGAUGGACUGCCCAUGUCUAGUUGCUUGCCUAGUCCAUCUUGAUGUUUGGUUCAUUGUAAGAUGAGUCGAAUGACAUAUUAUUUCAUUAUUAUUUCAUUUA